UACUGAAAUUUAGUAAUACGAGUACUCUCUCAGAUAGCCUUUAAAUUAAAAGGAACCGAAGAGGAAGUAUACCUAAAGCAGAAACUAUAGAUUUAAAAAUCAGAUUAAACAUCUAGUCAAUUUGUGAAAGUUCAUACGAGUACGUAUUUUUGUACAGUUCGAAUUUCAACUACGGUCAAAAGAUUCAUUUUUGAAAAAAUGAAUUCGUUUAUUUUAUCUAUUCUGUGUGCUUUCGUAACCGAAGUGCGAUCAAAACCAGGUGACGACUCGACUCACUGGAUGAAUGGAAUACCCAUAAGGUGCUCAAAAACCAAUAAGUAUAUGGUAUUUCGACAAUAUCCUGUCAAAAUUAUAAAUUUAAAAGAUGAAUGCAGAAAUUAUCCAUUUGCUGAUGAAGAUUUGUACUCGAAGGAAAAUCAGGAAAAAUGUUUGAAAGACAUUCUAGUACAUUCGUCCUUAUUUGAAGGAAAACCUGACCUGUCAUGUGGGCAACCUUACGGAUGUUUAACGCCAUCGCAGAUACUUCCACUGUGGUAUUUUGACUCGAGCUCAGCCAGGCUUGCUAGUUGCUCGCAUAUUAACUUGAUCCCAGUUUGGAAAAGCAUCGCAGAUGGAAAUUUGAAAGCAGUUGAUCUUCUCGUUGCUACAAUUAUUAAGAAAACAGAUGGUAGUGAUGUUAUUUUUGGUGUAAAUGGAGUUUUAAAAAUGGUGGUACCGGACGGCCCUCGAAAAAUGUAUUUAUCGGAUGCUAAACACGAUCGUGUAGUGGAAAUUCCAAAAAUAAUUUACCGACUUAUCAAAUUUGAAGCGUGGGAAAGAAAAUUCAUCGCAGUAAUCGUAAUCCAUAAUGAUCCUAGCGCAGUCCGGGAUGCUGACAGACUUUGCGACAAAAACGAUACUCUACCAGGAUGGGAUAAAAUAAUUAACGAUGAUCCAAAAACUGGAUUAACUUACGUUUGUCGCAUGACACCAAAACUUGAAAUUAAAUUGAGCCUUAAUGUUUACGAUACAGAUGAUCUAAAUAUGGCCGCAGUUCCUCGUGAAGGUUAUUCUAACGAGGUGUAUUUUGAUUAUAAACAGGGCAUUAUCAAUUCAAUCUUUGAGAGAAUAAAGUUGAAACAAGUAUCUACCACCCCAAAUAAAAUAAAGACUUUUUAAAUGAAUUGAUUUGACAUUUUAAUAUCUUGCAAUCUCAAAAACUUGAAAAAAAAAAGUUAAGCGGCCAUCAUUAAGUACCUACCUAGUACCUACACCAUACAUACAUGACCACACAUUGGCCGAAGGGCGAAGUUCCUGGUGAACAUUAUCAUAUGAUAAAAUUGAAUUCGCAUUCGCAGAAAACUAAAUGUCCGACGUUGGGAAAACGGAAUUUAUUGAAGAAUAAAUUUUAGCAGCUGGAAAUUUGGUUCUGUGGUUUAGGAGACAGGCUCCUUCAAAUUCAAUGACCCAAAUUUCAUCGCAAUCAGAGUUGUUAGAUUGUGAAUGUUCUCUUGCGAAUACAAGUAUUUUAUUGAUUAUAGGUACUUGUAUUUCCUGUUUUAAAAAAUCACUAUGACUAUCAGAAUCAAUCUAGGCUAUAUCGUUUGGAGAGAAAUUUCAGAGCUACUUACUAUUAUUAUUAAUUUUGUCUUUACAAUACCAUUAAAAAUUAUUAUCAUGUU